AUAUUUAGUUACGCCAGGCGAACCGGAUAUUAUUGCAAUGUCAAAAAUGGCGCAGGGAAAAAUCUUAUAAUUCAUGCCUAAUUUUUAAACCCUUGUGUUAAAUCACAUAAAAUUUGAUUAAAUGUUAGGGCAUUAACAGUUUUUAGUUUGAGAACUGAACAAAGCAAAAGCUAACAUGUUUUUGAACGAAGUUAGCCGCAAUGUUCGGGUUUUGUUGGGUCAAAUUCAGCGGAGAUGUCCUGCGUUGCCUGCCAAUAAUACAACAGCUCGGUGCAUGAGUCAGGCUGGGACUGAUCCGGAGCCGACCCCCGAUGAAAACGAAGUCGUGAGCCCCACGUUUGUGAACAGAAACCCGCGGAAUCUGGAGCAGAUGGCUCUGGCGGUAAAGGACCGAGGCUGGAAGACGACGUGGCCUCACCGGGAGUUCUACCAUAGGUUAAUGUUCUCUCGCACCCAACACCACGUGACCGCUCAGGUGUUCUCCAGCAGCUCCCCUGUUCCGGUGCUUUCUUGUUCAACCAAAGAGUGGGCCUUGAAGAAGGAGCUGCCAUCCACUAACUGCGUGGCUGCCUGUCAGGCUGUGGGAGAGGUGCUGGCCCGCCGAUGCCAGCAGGCUGGUAUCACGAGAAUGGUGUACAGGGCCAUUCCCUGGACAUACCGCUCCGAUUCUGUUCAAGCUUUCAGGAGUGCAAUGAAAGAGGGAGGAAUCGUUCUCAGCGAACCUAGAAGAAAAUACAUUGGGACAUGAAACUUUUAUUUAGAAAUUUUGAUGGAUAUCCUAUUCCCCCUUAUUCUGUUAACAGAAAUGACUGUAUUUAGGCCACUCAGAAUAAAUGAAUGUGUUCUAAGAACAUUA